AUGUUACCAAACGCAGCUAGCUUGCUGACAGCAGCAAGCAUUCUUGCUAUGUCUUCUGCAAGCCCUAUUGCCCAGACCAUCUCGAAAGAUGUGGUAGUUGUUGGCGGUGGUGCUGCUGGCGCCUAUGCUGCUGUUAGGCUCCGUGAGGAUUAUGGGAAGAGCAUUGCAUUGGUUGAGAGAAGGGCACGUUUGGGUGGUGCGGUUGAUACCUGGAUUGAUCCGAAAACCGGCAUGCCUCAUGAGUUGGGUGUUGAGGCCUUCCUGGAUUAUGGCAAUGCGACACAAUUCUUUGCGCGGUUCAACGUAUCGGUACAUGCGUCUGAGCAAGAAUUAGUGAACACCAGGUAUGCAGAUUUCAGCACUGGAAAUUUCGUGAACUACACGUCACCCACAGCAGCUGAACAACUUGCUGCAUUUCAAAAGUAUGUGGAACUGUGCGAGAAAUACGAGGACAUGAUGUUGCCUGGAUUGUGGAACUUCCCCACCGCCGACAAUAUACCCGAAGAUCUGCUUUUAAACUUUGGUGAUUUCGCGAGGAAAUACCACAUUGAGGCUGCUGUGCCUACGAUCUGGGACAUAUCGGCUGUUGGCUUAGGGCAGCUGGAGACUCAGCCGACCUUUUAUGUUAUGCAGUCGUUCCCAGCGCCGCUUGCGCGAGUCUACAUUGGCAAGGCCCGAACUCUAUAUGUGGCGUCCCACAGGAACCAGGAGAUAUACGAUAGGGUGUCGGAUACUCUGGGUGAUGAUGUCCUCUAUUCAAGCACUGUCGUCAAUGCAACAAGAACACCCGAUGGUGUUAGCAUUAUUGCCAAAGGCGCGGACGGGCAUCAAACUGAGAUUCGCGCAAAGCGCUUGCUCAUCGCUAUCCCACCAACUAUACCCAACCUCACGCCGUUCAAGCUCGACAGAAAGGAACUUGGUGUCUUGUCCAAGACAACAUACACGCAAGCUUAUGCUGGUGGUGUUGUUUCUUCGAACCUGCCAUUGAACACGACCAUCAUUAACACCAAUUCUGGAAACUGGCUGGAUUUCCCGGAUCUGUCGCUCUUGCAAUGGUAUAAAAACGUGGAUUCACCUGACCGCUAUCAUAAGGUCAUGAUGUUUGGAAAUGAGACCUUGGAUAGCGAUGGUUCAAAGGCGCUGGUCGAGCAGAGUUACCGCCAGUUGGUCGGUGCAGGCAGUCUGCCGGAAGCAAGUGGCAAGGGCCUUGAAUGGCUCCACUUUGAUUACCAUGGAUCUGUUAACAUCCGGGCCUCCGUCGAGGACUUGAAAGCUGGCUUUAUUCAGGAACUGUAUUCUCUGCAAGGUCAUCUAUCCACGUGGUAUACGGGUGCAGCUUGGUGCGCGCAGUUACACACUCCCACAUGGGCUUUUUCGGACUCUGUUAUCCCACGACUGGUGGAAGGCCUGUGA